UCUGUUAAGACUUAGGGGGCAGAUAAGCAAGUCAGGCCAAAGUUGCUGAAGUGAAUAGAGCAGGGCAGGGCGGAGGAGACUGCAGGAGACGGAUGGGCAGGGCCCUGUAGAGAUUAGGGGGUUUAAAUCACAGGCCUGGUUCAUUCUGGAAACUACAGGCAGUGGUCCUGGACCUGCAUCAGUUCAGAUAUCAGCCAUGCUUGGUACAGCCAGCUCCCUAGUGGCUGCCAUUUGGGCUGAGCUCCAUUUCCGGAUUUUGCUGCUGUCUGCUGUCGUCUUUCUGUUCCUGGCUGAUUUCCUCAAAAACCGUCGCCCCAAGAACUACCCGCCAGGGCCAAUGCGCCUGCCCUUCGUGGGCUGCUUGUUCCAUGUGGACCCCAAGCAGCCCCACCUAUCCCUUCAGCAGUUUGUGAAGAAAUAUGGGAAUGUUCUAAGCCUGGAUUUUGCUAACAUACCUUUAGUGGUUGUAACUGGCAUGCCAUUAAUCAAAGAAGUCUUUACUCAAAUGGAGCAUAAUUUUAUGAAUCGCCCAGUCACUCUUCUCCGAAAACAUCUCUUUAACAAAAAUGGGUUGAUCUUCUCCAGUGGCCAGACAUGGAAAGAACAAAGAAGGUUUACCAUGAUGACACUGAGGAACUUUGGACUAGGAAAGAGGAGCUUAGAGCAGCGAAUACAAGAGGAGGCUCACUACCUUGUGGAGGCCAUAAAAGAUGAGGGAGGACAGCCUUUUGACCCUCACUUCAAUAUCAACAAUGCAGUUUCCAAUAUCAUUUGCUCUAUUACCUUUGGGAAGCGCUUUGACUACCAUGACAGUCAGUUUCAAGAGAUGCUGAGGUUACUGGAUGAGGCCAUGUGUUUGGAGUCAUCAAUGAUGUGCCAACUCUACAAUAUAUUUCCAAGGAUACUUCAGUAUCUUCCUGGAUCACACCAAACACUUUUCAGAAACUGGAGAAAACUGCAAUUGUUUGUUUCCAAUAUUGUUAACAAUCACCGGAGAGACUGGGAUCCAGAUGAGCCAAGAGACUUCAUUGAUGCUUUCCUCACGGAAAUGACAAAGUACCCAGACAAGACUACUACAAGCUUCAAUGAAGAGAACCUCAUCUGCAGCACUCUGGACCUCUUCUUUGCUGGAACAGAGACAACAUCUACAACCCUGCGCUGGGCUCUCCUCUGCAUGGCCCUCUACCCAGAAGUCCAGGAAAAAAUGCAGGCUGAGAUUGACAGAGUGAUUGGGCAAGCAAGACAGCCGAACCUGGCAGACCGAGAUUCCAUGCCCUACACCAAUGCUGUCAUCCAUGAGGUGCAGAGAAUGGGCAACAUCAUCCCCUUUAAUGUUCCCAGGGAAGUGGCAGUUGACACCAAGCUGGCUGGAUUUAACUUGCCAAAGGGCACUAUGAUUCUUUCCAACCUAACUGCACUGCACAGGGAUCCUAGCGAGUGGACCACCCCAGAUGCAUUCAAUCCAGAGCACUUUUUGGAAAAUGGACAGUUUAAGAAGAGAGAAUCCUUUCUGCCUUUCUCAAUGGGAAAGAGAGCUUGUCUUGGAGAACAACUGGCCAGGUCUGAGCUAUUCAUUUUUAUCACUUCUCUUUUCCAAAAAUUUACCUUCAAGCCACCAGUCAAUGAGAAGCUAAGUCUGCAGUUCAGAAUGGCCGUCACCAUUUCCCCAGUCAGUCACCACCUUUGUGCAAUUCCUAGGCCGUGAUGUUGAAGGAAGAAAGUAUGAAGAAAUGGCAUCUGCAUGGGAGGCACUGGUGCCUGCUCCCAUUUGAGCUGGUAGAAUUAAGGUGACAGAGAGUGCGUGCAAUGAGACUAAGGAAACUGAAUCAAGUUAUGGGUUCAGUAAGUAGAAAGCCACUUGUAAGCUCAAUGACACAGCUUCUCAACUGAAGACUUGCAGAGAAAAAAUGAUUUGUCCAGAAAAGAAAAUGGUUGAAGAGAUCACUGGGGAAUGGAUUAAG